AUGGCCAACGGUGUCCAAGAGCAUAAGUCCCAGAAUGACAUUGAGGUCACAGCCGAUGUUAGUCCAGGGCUACCUAGCCAGGAGCUAGAAUCUCUUCUCAACCUCAAUGCCCAUGAUGAAGAACAUGGGAAGCCGGAGAAGUCGGGCAAUAGGGCUGCUCAAUGGUUCAGCCAAGCCUGCCGUCUUGUUUCCGAAGCAAGGGGCAUGAUAUCCGAGGAGCUCGUUAACUUCCUCAAGGCCAACCUGGGCGACACGAAGCUGUACCUUGUCGUUGGAAAGGCGGGGACAGGCAAGAGCACGAUUCUCAGCGAGCUUACCGGACUGGAUUUGAAUAUUGGACAUACCAUGAAAUCAGGUACUCUCCGCUUCGAGGUAUGCCCAGGCAUCAUCGAUGGCGAGCAGUAUCUCUUCGUUGAUACAGCCGGGUUCGGAGCGGCCGAUGUCGAUGACCUCGAGAACUUCAAGGACAUCAUGAGCUGUCUGUUUAGUCUCGGGUUCCUAGUCACCUUGAUGGGCGUCAUAUUCGUCUACGGUGGCACGAGUGAGCGCUUCAAGAGGGAGGAUGUUAAAACCUUGCGCUGGCUGCAAUGCUUUUGUGGCCCUGAGUUCAUGCCGAACGUUACAAUCGCCUUCACCAAGUGGGAUUCCUACAGCGCGGAUGACUUCGAGAUAAACUGGCUCAAGGUCCCCGGUCUUCUUGACGAGCCCGUAAUUGCCACUAUUCUCAAGCAUGGAGGCUCCUUGUACCAUCACGGCAUCCCGGGCGGCCAGGGCUCUCACCAUCUCGCGGAAAUGCCCGAGAGGACUCUCUCCAACAGGCGGCACAAGGUCGAGAGACGUACCGAGCUCCAGAAACUGAUUCGACGGCGAAACACCGGGAAGAAGCCGCCGAAGCUUCAAGUUCUGCGAGAGGCCAAGACGCUGGCCGCGUGGAAGCAGACAGAGGCGGCCAAGGUUUUAAUGGCAGAUGUGAACGAAACCGAAGUUGUCAUACGAGGUAACCGAGCCGUUGUGGUACCGAAGAGAGACCUUGUCGAACCGGCUAUCGUUGGUGGACCUCUUCCACCAGGUGAGGGGAGCGAGACUGAUAAGAAGAAAGGGGAUAGCCCGAAGAAAUCGGAGGAAACUGCCAAGAAGAGCGACAGCGAAACUCCCGCAGCCCGUUCGGAGAAAAACAAGACUCGAAACCAGGCGCCGAAACCAGAGGAGCAGACAGGCUGGGGGACUAGGAUCAUCGGGUGGCUCGAGGUUGCCAGAGAAGUAGCGAAGUUCUUUAAGGAGGCUCGUUCUGCCGCCGCUGCUGGAAGGGGGGAAGAAGUUCCAAAAUGGAGCAUCUUUGGCACGCUGAAGAAGUGGUUCUUCGCCUGA